CUCGACAUGCUGUGCUAUGGUCCUGUCGCUUGGUGGGAGAAGAUCGUUGUGCAGCUCAUUGUCCUGGGUGCUAUGUUUUUCUAUCUGGAUCUGGUAGAGAAGGCGCUGAACUUGCUGUUGGAAUACUUAUCUCGCAAGUUUGAACAUAGACCUUCGAUCCCAGAGAAUCUAGCACUGCGCGUGCGUCCUGCAAAGUCGCGCUCGCAUGCUGCGAAGUUGAGGAGCGAUAAGGUCGUCGUCAUCGAUGAACAGGCUCGUCCGCUGCCCUAAGGAUUUGAAGAACUCACGAAGCUCAUACUACACAUCGUGUUUUCAUUAGAAAAACAAUCUCUAACCUUAACUUCCGGGUCUAUCUUGUUACUUUUCAUUUUAUGAUGUCCUUAUGCGUAAUUUGCAA